CGCCAUUUUAGCGUUUUGUCAGAAGCGUCCGCCCCGCGAGGAAGAUCCCUGCUGCUUUCCGUGCGGGUGAGAGAUUCCGAGCCCCUCCACUUCUUUUGCCCUGUUAAAUUUUAUCCUAUUCCUUGGCCUUCAGGGAUAUCCUGUGGGGUCGUGGCCUCCGCACUCUUCAGUGAGAGCCGACCUCGGUGCUCGGCGUUGCGCGGCCGUGUCCGAGAUGGUGAAGCUGUUCAUCGGAAACCUGCCCCGGGAGGCCACAGAGCAGGAGAUCCGCUCACUCUUCGAGCAGUAUGGGAAGGUGCUGGAAUGUGACAUCAUUAAGAACUACGGCUUUGUGCACAUAGAGGACAAGACGGCGGCCGAGGAUGCCACACGCAACCUGCACCACUACAAGCUGCACGGGGUGAACAUCAACGUGGAAGCCAGCAAGAGUAAGAGCAAAACCUCCACAAAGUUGCACGUAGGCAACAUCAGUCCCACCUGUACCAACAAAGAGCUUCGGGCCAAGUUUGAGGAGUACGGUCCAGUCACUGAGUGUGACAUCGUGAAAGAUUACGCCUUCGUACACAUGGAGCGGGCAGAGGACGCAGUGGAGGCCAUCAGGGGCCUUGACAACACAGAGUUUCAAGGUGGGAUGUGUGUGGGCUGAAAUUCCGAGCUGCGGUUGUGCCUGAGAAUACACCCUUCGUGGUACCCCGUCUCCGGGACGUUCUGGGCUCUGUGCGUUCAGUCCCUCAGGAACCGUGGACCUUAAUUUACCUUGCUAAGUUCAGACCACCUCUUCCUUUCCUCUCUCCUGCCCAUUUUCCUGUUCUUCUUGUCCUGCAGUACUUCUGUAGCUUCCCAUUCAUGUUCUGUUCUCCCAGCAGGCCUCAUUGUGUGCAGAAACUGAUGGGGGUUGUGCUGUCUCCCUGCCUCCUGCUUCCAGUGGGUGUUGUGAGAGUGUCACUGCUCCUGAGUCUUGGCCCAAAGGCUUG